UACGAUCCGCGGCCCGGAGAACUGCCGCUUGCCGCCAUUGACACGCACAGAUAAAACCUAAAGAAAGGCAAAGAGUCCUGCCCCGCACCGGCGCCGCGCGGGCCGAACCUGCGCCUGGGGAGGGGCGCGCAGAGGGCACCGCGCGCGCGGAGCAGGGGGCGCAGCACCAGCAUUGUAUUAGUGCCGGAAGGCCAGUAGGUCAACAAGCUGAGAGGGAAACUGAGGCAAAAUGUCAGGGCGGAGUGGGAAGAAGAAAAUGUCCAAGCUGUCCCGGUCAGCCAGGGCCGGCGUCAUCUUUCCAGUGGGCAGGCUGAUGCGCUACCUGAAGAAAGGGACUUUCAAGUACCGGAUCAGCAUGGGUGCCCCGGUCUACAUGGCAGCUGUCAUCGAGUACCUGGCAGCGGAAAUCCUAGAAUUGGCUGGGAAUGCUGCAAGGGACAACAAGAAAGCCCGGAUAGCCCCAAGACACAUCCUGUUGGCCGUUGCCAAUGAUGAAGAGCUCAACCAGCUGCUAAAAGGAGUGACCAUCGCCAGUGGAGGUGUCCUUCCCAGAAUUCACCCUGAACUGCUGGCCAAAAAACGAGGGACCAAAGGCAAAUCAGAAACUAUCCUUUCCCCACCCCCAGAGAAAAGAGGGAGGAAGGCCACAUCAGGCAAAAAGGGAGGCAAGAAAUCCAAGGCUGACAAACCACGGACAUCCAAGAAGUUCAAACCAAAGGACAGUGAUAAAGAAGGAACUUCAAAUGCCACCUCUGAAGAUGGGCCGGGGGAUGGAUUCACCAUCCUGUCUUCAAAGAGCCUUGUACUAGGGCAAAAGCUGUCCCUGACCCAGAGUGACAUCAGCCACAUUGGCUCCAUGAGAGUGGAGGGCAUUGUCCAUCCAACCACAGCCGAAAUUGACCUCAAGGAAGACAUAGGAAAAGCCUUGGAGAAGGCUGGGGGCAAAGAGUUUUUGGAAACAGUAAAGGAGCUUCGCAAAUCCCAAGGCCCUUUGGAAGUUGCUGAAGCCGCCAUCAGCCAAUCCAGUGGACUCGCAGCCAAGUUUGUCAUCCACUGCCACAUCCCCCAGUGGGGCUCCGACAAAUGUGAAGAACAGCUGGAGGAGACCAUCAAAAACUGCCUGUCAGCAGCCGAGGACAAAAAGCUAAAGUCUGUCGCCUUCCCGCCCUUCCCCAGUGGCAGAAACUGCUUUCCCAAACAGAUGGCUGCCCAGGUAACCCUCAAGGCCAUCUCGGCCCACUUUGACAGCUCCAGUGCGUCCUCACUGAAGAACGUCUACUUCCUGCUCUUCGACAGCGAGAGCAUCGGCAUCUAUGUGCAGGAGAUGGCCAAGAUGGAUGCCAAGUAGGGCCUCAGCACCAGCAGGGAAGGAGAAUCGACUCAUGAGAGUGGGGUUUUAUUUUUGAAAGCAACAGGGAAGGGUGUUGGCAGGGGAGCAGAGGGCAGAAGAGGGGUCAUGGGGUAGCCAGCGGGGAGCAGACCCUGCCCAAGGAAGGAGCCCUUUGCAUAAUAUUGUCUUUACAAAGAGCCUCCGCUGUAAUUUUCCAGGUCUCCACCAGGGAGUUUUUUUCCAUGUGUUUUCUUCCUGUUUUAGAACUUUUU